CUCUCCUCAGGAAGGAAACGAAAGGGAAACAAAUAAACUCUCAUUUCCUAUCUCAACUACAGGAAAAGACAGACAUUGUAAAUUAAGAAGUACUUCAUCUUCUUUACUGGGUCAUUCUUCAUUCUCAGUUUUCCUUGUUUAACAUGGAGACGAUCGCUCAAAAUGGUCGCCAGAACGGUUCUUUGGAGAGCUUUUGCACGACUGCUUCCACUGCUACAAAGGGUGCCGUCGUCGACCCUUUGAACUGGGGUGCUACAGCUGAGUCACUCAAGGGAAGUCAUUUGGAUGAAGUGAAACGCAUGGUUGCUGAGUAUAGGAAGCCUUCAGUGAAGCUUGGUGGCGAGACCUUGACGAUUUCUCAAGUUGCAGCCAUAGCUACGCGGGACUUGGGGGUCAAAGUUGAGCUCUCCGAGGAUGCGAGGGCCGGCGUCAAGGCUAGUGCUGAUUGGGUCCUUGAUGGCAUGAACAAAGGCACCGACAGCUAUGGUGUUACGACCGGUUUUGGUGCUACUUCUCAUAGAAGAACCAAGCAAGGAGCUGCUCUUCAAAAAGAGCUAAUUAGGUUCUUGAACGCUGGGAUCUUUGGCAAUGGAACCGAGUCAUGCCACACACUCCCUCACUCAGCAACUAGAGCAGCUAUGCUUGUUAGGAUCAACACCCUCCUCCAGGGAUACUCUGGCAUCAGAUUUGAAAUCCUGGAGGCGAUCACCAAGCUUCUCAACCACAACAUCACCCCAUGCCUGCCACUUCGUGGCACAAUUACUGCAUCUGGCGAUCUUGUUCCUCUUUCCUACAUUGCUGGAUUGCUCACUGGCAGGCCUAAUUCCAAGGCCGUUGGACCCAAGGGCGAAUCGCUUGAUGCCCAGGAAGCGUUCUGCGUAGCCGGUAUUGAUACUGGGUUCUUCGUGUUGCAGCCUAAGGAAGGCCUUGCUCUGGUCAAUGGCACUGCAGUUGGUUCAGGCUUGGCUUCCAUGGUUCUUUUUGAAGCAAACAUUUUGGCCGUUUUGUCAGAAAUUUUAUCAGCAAUUUUUGCUGAAGUCAUGAACGGUAAACCUGAGUUCACUGACCAUUUGACACAUAAAUUGAAGCACCAUCCAGGACAAAUUGAGGCUGCAGCCAUAAUGGAACACAUACUUGAGGGGAGCUCUUAUGUUAAAGCAGCUAAGAAGUUGCACGAAAUGGAUCCCCUGCAAAAACCAAAACAAGAUCGCUACGCUCUGAGGACUUCUCCACAAUGGCUUGGUCCACAGAUUGAAGUGAUCAGAUUCGCAACCAAAUCAAUUGAAAGAGAGAUUAACUCCGUCAAUGAUAACCCUUUGAUCGAUGUUUCAAGGAACAAGGCAUUACAUGGUGGCAACUUCCAGGGUACCCCAAUUGGUGUUUCAAUGGAUAAUGCCCGUUUGGCUAUUGCAGCCAUCGGAAAACUUAUGUUCGCUCAGUUCUCUGAACUUGUUAAUGAUUUCUACAACAAUGGUCUCCCAUCAAACCUCUCCGGUGGUAGGAACCCAAGUCUAGAUUAUGGUUUCAAGGGUGCUGAAAUUGCAAUGGCUUCCUAUUGUUCUGAGCUCCAAUACCUAGCUAAUCCAGUCACUAACCAUGUCCAGAGUGCCGAGCAGCACAACCAAGAUGUGAACUCUCUGGGACUAAUAUCUUCGAGAAAAACUGCCGAGGCUGUUGAUAUAUUGAAGCUUAUGUCCUCUACAUACUUGGUGGCUCUUUGCCAAGCUAUUGAUUUGAGGCAUUUGGAAGAGAAUUUGAGGAACACAGUGAAGAACACCGUGAGCCAGAUAGCUAAGAAAAUCCUCACUACCGGUGCCAAUGGUGAACUUCACCCUUCAAGAUUCAGUGAGAAGGAUUUACUCAAAGCUGUUGAUAGCGAAUACGUCUUUGCCUACAUUGAUGACCCCUGCAGUGCUACCUACCCAUUGAUGCAAAAGCUGAGGCAAGUACUUGUUGAGCAUGCAUUGGCAAAUGGUGAGAAUGAGAAGAAUGCAAGCACUUCAAUCUUCCAAAAGGUCGCAGCUUUUGAAGAGGAGUUAAAGGCUAUCUUGCCAAAGGAGGUCGAGAGUGCAAGGUUGUCACUUGAGAAUGGAAAUGCAGGAAUUCCUAACAGGAUCCAGGAAUGCAGAUCAUAUCCCUUGUACAAGUUCGUGAGGGAGGAGCUUGGAACAGGGCUGCUAACUGGAGAAAAUGUCAAGUCACCUGGUGAGGAGUUUGACAAGGUGUUCACAGCUAUGUGCCAGGGGAAGAUCAUUGAUCCAAUGCUGGAAUGCCUUAAGGAAUGGAACGGUGCCCCUCUACCAAUCUGCUAGUUUGCUGUCAUUUCGAUCUUUGAAAUUUGUUAUCCAAUCUCUUUCUUUGUUUUUCCACCUCUCUUUUGUUUGAAUUUCCUUGUAAAAGAAGUUAAUGAUAUGAACGCGUAUGUAAUAUGUUUAUUUCUCAUUU